AUGUCCCUAGACGAAAAACACGACACCCUCUCCCAAGCCACCUCCGACCUCUCCGAGACGCACCGACUCGAUGCCCUCGACCAGCUCGAGGUCAUGCCUCACAUCCUGCAAGAGGGCAUCCUCUUUGCGGCCUCCGGCUCUGCGCUGCUGCUGCAAGCCGCCAUGCCGGGCAUCAACAACCGCAGCAGCGACAGCCAAGCGAGCCCGAACCCCAGCAACGGCAACCUCGCCUCCGAGCUAGGCGACGCCCUGCAAGCCUAUCUCAGCUACAUCGCCUGCCUGGUGUUCGGCACGCGGCAGGAAAAGAAGACUCUCCUCGACCUGCUCGCGCGCGGACAACCCCCCCUCCGCGGCAGCGAGUUCUACUCGACCCACCAGCCGGCGCAGCGCUGGGUCGCGGCGACGCUGUACGCGACCGCGACCGACUUCUACCAGCGCGUCUACGGGCGCGUCAACUACCGCACGGCCGAGAAGGCGUACGCCGAGUUCGCGCUGCUCAUGCACUGCAUCGGGCUGCAGCCCGGCGUGUGGCCGGACACGCGCCAGGCCUUCUGGACCUACUGGGACGACCAGAUCGAGCAGCUGAGCGUCAGCGCCGAGGCGCACCGCUUCGCGAAGGACCUGAUGGAGCGCGGCGACUUUCCGCGUUGGGUCGCCCUGUCCAAGCCGUUCCUGCGCGUGCUCACCAUCGAGAUGCUGCCGCCGCGCAUCCGCGAGGCCUACGGGCUCAAGUCGACCGCCGGCACGCGUGCGCUGUACCGCACGACGAUGGGAUUUUCGGUCGCGGUGUACCCGGCGCUGCCCAAGUCGACGCGGCGGUACCCGUGGAAGUACUAUCUGGAUGAGCUACGGAAGCAUUUGAAUGUGCGUAUCCGCAUUGUCCAGCAGCCCCUGGAUCUUCUUCAGGUUGUCGCCCGACAGCAGAUUGGCGAGAUUCUGCGCGUUGUCGCCGCCCAGCAGCACGGCCGCGCCCUUGACAAUGGUCUGCAGGUCGUCCAGCGUGUCCUGGCUGAGCAGCUCCUUGACGCCGCUGAGGAUGUCGGGCAGUUCCGAGAGCAGGCCGCCGCUGCUCUGCGGCGCGCGCGGCACGACGGGGUUGGGCUCGGGGUUGGCAUUUGCGCUGGCGAGGGCCGGGGCGGCCAGAACGAGGUACUUGAAAAUGCGCAUUUUGGUAGAUGA